ACCUAAGUCAUAAGUAAACCAAAAACUAAACUUACUGGUAGUUUUUUUGUCCCGAGUUAAAAUGGAAGAUAGAAGGACAUUGUUGCUUCUAGUGCUAGUACUUUUCUCUGCACUUGUAUCGUCUGUUAGUGCCAAUGAAGAGGAAGAAAUCGAGCAAAGGACACAAGGAGAAAAAUGGUUUGUGUUACGUCAGUUACAUAAUGUUGUGCAAACUGAUGCAGGGUCUAUGAGAAUGGUGAAGGGUGGUUAUCGAAGGGAUUCAUUUCUACAUAGUCCAAUGCAUAUUGGUUUCAUCUCCAUGGAACCAAAUAGUCUCUUCAUCCCUCAAUACCUUGAUUCCAAUCUUAUCCUCUUUGUUCACCACGGGGAAGCGAGAGUUGGACACAUCCAUAGCGGUGAAUUAGUGGAAAGGCAUUUAAAGCAUGGAGAUGUGUAUACAAUUCCUGCUGGAUCAGCUUUCUAUUUGGAGAAUAGACUUGAAAAUCAGAGACUUCGCAUAAUUUGUAGUAUUGAUAUUACCUCAGAAUCCAUGGGAUGGCAUGCUUUCCAGUCUUUUUUCAUUGGCGGUGGAACUCAUACUGCAUCCGUCCUUGCUGGAUUUGAUCAUAACACAUUAGCAACUGCUCUUAAUGUCUCGCCGGAAGAAUUACAAACGUUUUUGACCAGGCAAACUUCCGGUCCAAUUGUGCAUAUAUCUGGUUCUCAUCACAAAAAUAUGUGGUCCGAAUUCUUGGCCCAAGAACCCCAACAAAAACUAGCUCACUUGAAGAGGAUUGUGAAUUUUGGUGAAGAAGCUAGCCCAAAAGAGGAGAAAUCAACAUGGUCGUUGAGGAAAUUUUUGUUUAAUUUAGUAAACAGAGAAAAUGUUGUCAAUCAUCAUCAUCAUAAAGCUCCAUCAGUAUACAAUCUCUACAAGAAGAAGCCCAAUUUCAAGAACCAUCAUGGAUGGAGCAAGAAUGUGGAUUCGUCUGAUUAUUCUCCUCUAGAACAAUCUGGCAAUGGCGUUUACCUUGUCAAUCUAUCUCCGGGAUCCAUGAUGGCACCUCAUGUUAAUCCAUCAGCGAUAGAGUAUGGAGUAGUGUUGAAAGGGACCGGUAGGAUUCAAAUUGUGUAUCCAAAUGGGACUUUAGCAAUGAAUGCCAGAGUACAAGAAGGGGACGUUUUUUGGGUGCCAAGGUACUUCCCAUUCUGCCAAAUUGCUUCGACAAAUGGUCAUUUUGAGUUCUUUGGCUUCACAACAUCAGCAAGGAGGAAUCAUCAACAGUUCUUGGUGGGUAAGAACUCACUGAUGCAGAGCUUACGAGGGCCUGAAUUUGCAGCUGCAUUUGGAAUUGAUGAGAAAAGGCUUAACAGGAUUGCCAAUGCUCAACACGAACAAGUCAUAUUGCCUGCAUCGUGGUGGGAUUCAUCACAAGACAAGGCAUCAGAGCCAGAGAGGAAGAAGAGGACCAAUUUUGAGAGGAUUGUGGGGAGCUUAGGCAGUGACAUGAUCAUGGGUUUUGAUUAAUUUAAUUUGUUUAGUAAAAAUUGUUGGAAAUUUUGUUUAUCCAACAAUAAAUCCAGUUUGAGUUUUGGCCUGAAAGGUAGAUGCCAAUACAUUUUUUUGGUUUUUUUUUCUUUCUUUCUUAAGAUUGCAUUUUCAUUCCUUUGUUGUCUUGGAGUCAUUCGACUGUGAGUUUUGAAUAAAAAGGAUUUUCCUUUUCGGGUUCUA